AUGAUGCAUCAACAGGUUAAUUCUGGGAAAAGAGCGCACAUUUCCUUUCCUGAUAGGUUACGCCAAAGGGAACUAAGACAACGAGUACCUCUAGGAAAUUCAGACGUUUAUUACAAGAGCUUGUAUUCAUCCAUCUUACCAUGCCAGGGAGCAGGAGAUGGAGAUAGUAGAUCCAGAAAUGAGCAUGGGGGCCUUUUCAGCUUGGAGUUCUGCCCGGACGGAUCUCUUCUGGUGGCAGGGUGCGAGAAGAGCAGCUUCCUGGUGUUUGAUCCUCUGUCUCGGAAGCUGAUUCGCGCCGUGCACAACGCGCAUGCAAGUUGCGUCACGACUGUGAAGUUUCUCAAUUCUCGGACUUUCGCCACGGGCAGUGUUGACAAGACGGUCGCCUUGUGGGACACGAGGCACCUCAAGACACGGUGUCGAACUCUGCGGAGGCAUUCAAGCGCAAUAGGAAAUAUCGAGUUUUCGCGAAAAAAUGACUUGCUGAUUACGACUGCACUUGACGGGAAUAUUUAUACAUGGGAUCUGAAGAAUUGGGUUGCAAGAGAGGAGCUAAGCAAGAAAACAUUCCGCUCCUACAUGCUCCUGCGCCUGAGACUGAACCCUGAUCAGUCGAAAAUGAUACUUUCUACGGCGAAUGGUUUUCUAAUUGUAAUACACGAUCUAGACUUGAACGUAUUUACUCAAGGACGUGGCGAAUAUCAACUGGAGAGCAUCGCUGCUUCGUAUUUGCACCAGCGAGUCGGCACAUCUUGCCGCUCGAGUAGUUUUCUCUCCCCGAAGCACAGAAGAAACCGUGUGGAGAUGGUGGCGGACUUCCCAAACGCAGGCGCUUGCAACGUGAUUUCGGCGCUGGAGAUCCACCCUCAGGGCUGGAGUGCGAUCAGUCGCAGUACGAGCGAGGGAAGCGGAAUGGGGUGGACCUGCGUGCACGACAUCCAGGACAAGGAGUGUUCUGCAGGUUGGGCUGAUUCCCGAAGGUCCCGCCAGGGCGCUGCGAUGAAACACCGGAGGGCCAACGGAAGACUGCGUCGAGCGAAUGCGGCGUCAUGUCUGGAAACAGGGUCUCGCAACGGAGACACGUCUCGGGCAACGCCACGCCCCCGUUCUACGCCUCCCGGUAUUCCUGAACCAGCGAGCCCUGAGAGUCAUCCAGCUUCUAGCCAGGUUUUGGGCCCGCACUCUUCAUUUUCCUCACGUUCUGUGUCAUCGCCAUUCAUUCGUUCAAAAUCAAGUGCUUCCCAUUUGCAUCGUAGUGUUAACAAACCAUUCUCAAGACUGACACAUUACAUUGAGGAACCAGUUGCCAGUGAAUGGUAUACUGAAAAUCUUAGUGCUUCUGCCGAUGGUCGUCUAAUAUGUUCUCCGCUCGGAAACGGUAUUAGAUUGCUUGCCUUUUCACCCGAGUGUUCGGAACAGUCAGGUUCUUGGUCUGAAAAAAACCCUAGUUACUUACACGAAUUGGUUACGCACGUUUCUCACAGUAACAUUAUACUUUGCACAAAGUUUUCUCCGGUCCACUGUUUGUUAGUAUCUGGAUGCUUAGAUGGCAAACUUGCUUGGUAUCAACCCGUUCUUUGA